AAGUGCUCUUUGCGUGAUUGACACAAAUUCCAUGAUCAGGUUGGCAGCACUGCGUAUUUUGAUAAUGAAAGGGGUCCCGCGUCAGAGAUUGCGUUAUUAUGAGUCACGUCUGUCGCAUCGCACAUCUGCCAGUGCAUGUACUUGAGGCCAUGCAGGAACUGUGGACGCACGUCGCACGCGACUUUCGGCUCAGAGUCAAUUCCAAGUUGGACCCCGGUUGUUUACAUUUUUAGGCCUGUGGUUCGGGAAAAUCUCGGGCGACAUCACUGACACACAGUGACGGGAUACAUUUCUGUUGUGUAAAGGUCGGCACAGCUGUUCUUCCACGAAUUCGGGCUUCUGUUUCUGUUCAACUCUUAAGGGCGGUUCUGAUUUUCCGCAAGUUCAUGUCAUUUGCCGAGGAUUACAACGCAGCUGUUACAUUUUGCGUUUCCCAGAGAACUGAGAGCAGCACCUGCAAGCUUCAAAUUUACGCACGUUUGGCAAAAUGGUGAGAGCGGCGGAGAUUCUGGUCUUGCUGGCCGCACUGGGUGCUGCGGCGUCAUCGGUGGCUAACAACUACCACGACACUUGCGCCUCGGAUCCCGCGGUGGGCGUGAUCAAGAUUCGACCAGGAAAGGUAAAAGGUCGCGUCUCGUCGUCCGCCAAGAGGCACACAUGCCGUUUCGGUUGCACACGGAUACUCAGCCCCGUCUGCGGCAGCGAUGGGACCACCUACGGCAACGAGUGCGCCCUGUGCGCGGCGGCCUGCCGGCAGCACUCCCUAUACCUGGCCUGCCGGGGCGAGUGCCCGUGCCCGCUGCCGACCGACCUGGACCGUGGAGACAUUGGGUUGGUGGUGGCCGACGAUGCCGAUGCUGUCGGGGUGGCGCUGGCUGCGGCUGCGCCCACGCAGGAGAUCGAGCAGCAUGUGCAGGGUCUGGCCCACGCUGCAACAGAGCAACAUCAACCUCGGAAGGGACCGAAGAAACUCAAAAAGAAUCCCAACCCAGUAAUUGUGAUCGCCGGCCUCGACCUUAGCGUGGCAACGGGCGCUGUAACCGCAGGCGUCCUUAACAACGUCAGCCUCGACCUGCGAGCGGACAUGGCACCUGAGAGUAACCCGGUCACCCAGUCGGCUGUCUGGAUGGUGGAGCUGUACCACAAAGGGCGGGGGAGGUCGCCAAAGCAGGGCCUGGUCCACCGGGCCCUCAGCCCCUACCAGUCAGGGGACUCAGACGCGGGCCGACCCCUGAGCAUCCAGGGCAUCGACUACGAGGUGGACCUGCGCGGAAAGACCUGCGAGGACGCUGCGAAGAUCUGCGCUCACCUAAAGCAUCAGAGGACCGGGAAGCGGAGAGCGAAGGCCCUCGGAAAGCCAACAUCCAGAGUGCUGCGCCGCUGCGUCAAGCUGAAGUGCCGGGCAGGUGGCUCUAAACAUCAGCAGGAACUAGGAGGUUGACCUCUCUGAAGUUAAGCCAUCCCAGCGUCCUCGAACGAGGAAACUACACGUGCGAUGAAGUUAAGUUGGUUCCUAACAGUAUGUGCAUGCAUCUUAAAAUUUUGCUGUGCCAAGGAAAGCAAGCCUAUAACUACGAGUUUGCCUUUGGGGAAGGCGACACAUUCAAACAGCUAGCUACAUUUUAAAGUAACAGCUACAUUACUUGUUAAUUUUAUACCUUUACCCGAGUCAUAUAUCAGUUUUCUUCAGUAUUUGUAAUAUGAAAGAACAUUUUUAAUUCAUUAAACGGUUAUUCGGUGGCUUAUGUUUUUCCUUCAAGAGGACUGUAUAUGUAAUGAGGGCGUCACAUAUACCAACUGCCAGGCGCGUUUAGAAAAAAAAUUGAAUCAACCUUACUGCCGAAAUGGAAGACACGACCAAGAAAUGACCGAAGAUACGACUAAAGCAUUUUACCAGCAAGUUUCCUAGGUUUUUUCUCUGCGUCAUAAAGUGCGUCGAGAUUCAACAGAAAAACAAGCACUCACAAAACAAAGUCAGUUGGUUACACCUUUUGUCUCUGCUGGGACCGCUCAAACCGUUUAUUUCUGUCGUCCAACCUGGACCGUCAAUAAAAUCGGCUUUAUAUUUCCGAAAGCGUCAUAUGAGGUCAGUUGUCAGGAGUGUAAUGUUUGUGCGCAUGGGUAGAAGACGUACGGGGGGGCUCCCGGAGGUCAAGUUUUAAAACAGCAAAACAUAGUAUGAAAGAAAUUGCAUGAAAUGCACAAGCGUGGAAUACGGUUUAAAUUGAAGGUGUAAAUAAAAUUUCAUUGUUUUUUAUUUUGGUUACUUUUCUCUUUUCAAAGUCAUUUGUGCAAAUUUGUUCAAUUUUAGAUCUUCAAAUUUUGGAUAUCAUUCACCUUGGAAUCAUAAAAAUAGCAUAUAUUAAUGAUUAUACAGAAUAAUCUUCACGUAUAAACACUGAGAUGUCACUCGUAUCUUGAAAUAUUAUCGGAAAAAACUGUUUAUUGCUAGGAUGGAAUAAAAUGACAAAUUUA